AUGGUGAUCUCCAACCAAGGAAACGGCGAAUACUGGGUUGGGGCCGGCCUGCAUGUACGCAGGGUCAAUGCCUGGGAGAUGGUCCAGUUCCGUGGAUUACCCCAAGCACCAAUACCAGGAUUCGACAAACAACUGGGCCUUAUCAGCCCCAGCAGUGGUGUUUUGACAAUUGUAGAUCAUGUUGUUGACCAUUCUUAUGCGCGCCCAAGUGUUGUUUGCCCAAGUGUUGUUGAGUCUUCGGCUUCGAUUCUGGAGAAUGUGGAGAGGUGUUGCAGGAAAUUACCAGCCGGGGGUUUGAACUGGGCCUGCGUGGUUCCGUUCAGGGAAAAUCCCGCUGGCGGGUUCCCCCGGGCUCCAGUAUCGCGCGGGUCACCUACCAAUUGUACGUGUUUUUCUCUAGGUGCUACAGUUGUCAGAAGGCGUGUUCAUGAAACUCGGGAAUCGCUGGGCUUGAUGCCACAAUUGGACGAGGGAGAAUACCACCCGACCAACAGGAUGGAUUCGGAGCCGGAAAGCUUGACCGUGGUUGAAGUCUACGACAUGGCGACUGACGUGGGCAAGGAGUUCGAGCGGAUCAUCGACCAGCAUGGACCUGCUGUCGUCCAGGGCGUUAUGCCUAAAGUGAUAGCUAUCUUGGAACGCAUGGAGUCCGUGGCGAUGCGAAACGAAGCCGAGUUUCAGCGGAUUCAGGACUACGAGUCUCGGAUCCAUCAACUCGAAUCCGACAGGAAUGAGAAGGCUGAAUGUCGCGUCAAGUACGAGCGGGAUUUGGAGACCAUGGAGGAGUCGUGGACAAAAGAAACGAGAGAUCUUGGACUUCUUGUCUCGCAACUGAAGCAAGAGAACGCGAGGCUGGCUGGAAUCAUCGCCAAUCAGCCGUCAAGCGCUGUUCCAAUGAGCCCCGAAUUGGACCACGGAAUUGUGGAACGUCUACAGAACAAAGUGGAUAGUCUACGAGACCAAGUGCGGCGCCAGGAUUUUAGAAUUUAUGAGUUGGAGCGACAAUUGGACUCGUCUCAAACGAGCUUGGAGACAAUGAACGGUUCGUGCCGAGACUUGAAGCGACGAUUGAAGUCUGUGAAGGAGCAGAUCGUUUUGAUGGUUGGGGAAAGAGCAGAUCUCCAGACUGAACUUGUGGAAUUGACGAGGGAGAACUCGGCUUUGAAGCAAGAAAAAGCUCUUUCUUCAACCCCGCAGGCUUCUUUUAUCGAAGCACAGAAGCUAGUUUAUGAUGUGGACGAUCCAGAUCGUCCGAGGUUCACCACGCAGGAACUGAAGGAGAUCCUGCAUGAGAGAAACGAGCUGAAAGAACGAGUCAAUUAUCUUGAGGAUAAAAUGAAGAGGCAAACUUCUUCGCCUGCUGAAAUCUUCAAGAAGUUCUUCGGAGAUCACUGGGUGUCACCGCAAGGGAGUCCUUUGAGAAGGCCAUUCGGUUGCGCGUCGAAGUCUCCUUCGUCACCGUCUGGCUUCUCAUUUAUGGCCAGUCAGAAGUGAAUCCGGAGAGGUGUAAAUCUUCCACUGAAGUGAUGAAGCUCCAACCUUCGGACGGAUGAGUAGAACAAGAGAGCUUGCAAAAGGAAUGCUAUUGGCUUUGAUUUUUGAAUUCAUCUACCAAAAAGAAAAAAGAAAGGCGACAGCGCGUUUUUAUCUUGAUUUUCAAGGCUUGUGAACUGGACGAAGUUCGGCUUUUCUUGGUUUUGAAAGUUGGGCCCUGUGAUUUGAGUUCGAACUUGUGUUUUGCCUGUAUUUUUCAAGGAGUUGACUGAUUUUGGCUUCUGAUUAUGUGCCAUUUGUAUGCUUGAUUUUGCUUGUGAAAUGAACCGACCUGGUCCUUUA